GCAGCGGACCUCUCUAGCGCCGCCGUUUCCGAUCGUGUCCAAUAAGCACGAAGGCAGACGCCGCGGGUAGCUUAGCAUCCAAGCUAACCAUGGUGAACGUAAAGAAACGGAAAGGUCGGGUCGUUAUUGAUUCCGAUUCAGAGGACAGCGCAAGUGAUGACAAUUUGGAUCAGGAGUUGCUGAGUUUGGCCAAGAGGAAGCGUGUGGACUCUGAAGAACCGGAGGAGCCUGUCGGCAAACCCGCAGCCUCUACAGACUCCGAGACGUCCGACAGCGAUGAUGAGUGGACUGUUGGAGGCACCAAAGCCAAGAAAAAGGCAAAGCCUGGUAAAGGGGCAGACAAGAAGAACCCUACAAAGAAGAAAGUGAGCAAGGCUGCUUCCUCAGGGAGCUCGGAUGGAGACAGCUCCGCAGAGAGCUCUGCCCCAGAGGAGGGCGAAGUAUCCGACUCCGAGAGCAACAGUUCCUCUUCGAGCUCGGAUUCAGACUCGUCCUCGGAGGAUGAAGUGUUCCGUGACGGGUACGGAGACGAUCUGAUGGGAGACGAGGAGGACCGGGCAAGGCUGGAGCAGAUGACUGAGAAAGAGAGAGAGCAAGAGCUUUUCAACCGUAUUGAGAAGAGAGAGGUGCUAAAACGCAGGUUUGAAAUCAAACAGAAACUAAAGACCGAAAAGAAGAAAGUCAAAGAGGAAAAGAAAAAGAAGAAGCAAGAAGAAGAGCAGGAGAAGAAAAAGCAUUCUCAGGUUACAGACACUCAGGUGGUGAUGUCCCAUAAUAAAGAGAGGAGGUCAAAAAGAGACGAAAAGCUGGAUAAGAAGUCACAGGCCAUGGAGGAGCUGAAAGCCGAGCGAGAGAAGAAGAAGAACAGAACAGCAGAGCUCCUGACCAAGCGGCAGCCGCUGAAGGCCAGCGACGUGUACUCCGACGACGAAGAGGAGGAAGAGGAAGACGACGAUAAGUCCUCAGUAAAGAGCGACCGCAGCUCAAGGUUGUCGUCCUCCGAUGAAGAAGAGGAGAAAGAGGCGACGCCACCUAAGUCUCAGCCGGUGUCAUUGCCCGAGGAACUGAACCGCAUCCGUCUGUCACGUCACAAACUGGAGCGUUGGUGUCACAUGCCCUUCUUCGCUAAAACGGUCACCGGGUGCUACGUACGCAUCGGCAUUGGCAACUGCAGCAGUAAACCAGUCUACCGGGUGGCUGAGAUUGUAGACGUGGUAGAAACAGCAAAGGUCUACCAACUCGGCUCGACGCGAACAAACAAAGGGCUGCAGUUACGACACGGCAACGACACCCGAGUGUUCCGGCUCGAGUUUGUGUCCAAUCAGGAAUUCACAGAGAGCGAGUUCAUGAAAUGGAAGGAAGCGAUGCACGUUGCAGGAAUGCAGAUUCCUACCCUGGAUGAAAUCGCUAAAAAAGAGCAGUCCAUCAAAGAAGCUGUGAACUACAAAUUCAACGACAAAGACAUUGAGGAUAUAGUGAAGGAGAAGGACCGGUUCCGAAAGGCACCGCCGAACUACGCCAUGAAGAAAACGCAACUCCUCAAAGAAAAGGCAAUGGCAGAGGACACCGGCGAUGGCGAUAAGGUGAAGCUGUUGCAGGAUCAGCUGAACGAGUUGGAGGAAAGAGCUGAAGCAUUAGACAGACAGAGAACUAAAAACAUCUCUGCCAUCAGUUACAUCAACCAGAGGAAUCGUAGCUGGAACAUCGUGGAGUCUGAGAAAGCAUUAGUGGCUGAAGGUCAGAACUCCAAAAACCAGCAGAUGGACCCUUUUACCAGAAGGCAGUGCAAACCCACUAUGGUGUCCAAUGCCAGAGACCCUUCUGUCCACGCUGCUAUUCUCGCCCACCUUAAUCAGAAAUACGGUUCGGGCUCCGGACAGGACAACUCGCAGCAGGUCAACAAACAGCAGGGUACGUUGAACCCAAGAGACAAAGAUGUCACAAAACCUAACAGCGACCUCUCGGAGGACCUGUUUAAAGUCCAUGACUUUGAUGUCAAAAUUGACCUGCAGGUCCCCAGUGCUGAGACAAAGUCUUUGUCAGUAAGCUCCAACUCGCUGCCGGUGAAAGACGGAGCCCCUCGACGCUCCCUGAACCUGGAGGACUACAAAAAGAGACGAGGCCUCAUCUGAAGCUUCCAGCUUCCCCCAUCAAACCCCUGCAUGUGUUGGUGGACUGCACCAGGGAGCCCAAGGCUUUCUCUCUCUCUCUCUCUCUCUCUCUCUCUCUCUCUCUCUCUCUCUCUCUCUCAAUCUCAAUCCUUGUCCCCUGUGUGUGUGUAUAUCAGGCAGGUAGAGAGAAUGAGAGUUUUAGAUUAAAUGAGAUCUUGUACACAUGUAAACCUGUGUGUGUGUGUGUGUGAGUGAGUGAAUGAGCGAGUGUGCAUGACUAGAGCAAGACAUCCAUCCGACAUGAGACUUCAAACUACUUGCGCAGUUUGUGUGCGCAAGUCUUCUGGGGGGAAAAAAAGAAAUUAAAUAUGUAAAUCCUGUGAAAUGUGGCGGCUUUUUGUUUUGUUUUUCACUCAUAGCCGUACUUUAUAGGAGAGAAAUUGUCCACUGGUUAAUUUAUACACAAUUACCUGAUGUUCUGUAUCUCUACUAUUAUACUUUUUUGUUGUUGUUAAAUCUCUCCUCCAACACAUGACAAUGCUAUUUAAAUGUAGAACAUGAAUACUUGGGGGAUUUUUAUAAACUGUAUUUGUUCCCCCUGAAGCUUUUUAAUCCGUGUGCUUGUUUGCGUCAUGUGUGUCAGGCACACUUUUUGGAUUCAACCCUGGUGUCUUAUUGAGAAGAAUAAUAAGAGACUAUUAAUGACGUCACUCCUGUACUGGACAAAAUCACUUCAGUUGUACGUAAUACUUUUUAUUACAUUGUUUUUGUUCCCCCUACCCCUCUUGUACUUUGGCGAUCUUUGUUCCAGAUCGAUUAUGUGACUAUUAUUGGUUUUUCAAUGAUGUCUUCUGGUCAGUUCUCGUAUUCAUGUGGCAUGCUUUGUAAAUAAGAUUUGGCCAUUUCAGAUGAGUGCGGCAACAAUAAAGAAGCACUGUUUCGUA